GAAAAGGCAAAAUGCCACAUUUAUUGUGAAUACAGAAAGAAUCUAGUAAGCAGUUAGUUAUAGCUAUAACAUUCCAUUCAAUUUCAUAUUUAUUCACACAUUCAUUCAUACACACACAGAGGUUCUGCAAGGUUAUCAUAGUUACAAGCCUUAGAGCUGCUCGUGCCAAGCCACUGGUCAGGUGGCCUGGACAUGAGGAGGGAGCAGGGCCUUGUCAGAUGCUCAUCUGAUGCCCCUGGAAGUUGGUUUGCAGAAUCAGACCCCAAAGUUCUAACUUUCUAGAAUCCAUUUUUAUAGGAAUUUCUUCAUAUGCCAGUCUAUGGGAAUUGCUUCAUCAUGCUGUUGCUGAAUCAAUCAGCAGAUAGCACAUUCCUGAUGGCUCCAUGCUGCCAAAUGUUAUCUUGUUCUUUGGUUCUCCUGUCCUUGAGGCUGUUGGGUGGAUUCCAGUCUGCCCUCUGCGGGUCCUCUGGUUAUUUCAACUUGACACCUUCUUCAGCCGAUGGACACUGGAUUCUUAGGCUGGCACCUCCCUGAUCAUUCAGUUAUUAUCCACACCAAGCAUCCAUCCACAUACAUCCUCGAUCUCUAUUUUAAUCACAAUUGUUAACAAAGCGAGAUGAAUACAACAAAAGUGUGGGGACUCUCUGGGUGCUGAUUCUGUUGUUACAGAGUAUUGCUUUGAGUCUCUAUGCAUCCGAUGAAGUGAGCUGUAGCUCACGAAAGCUUAUGCUCAAAUAAAUUUGUUAGUCUCUAAGGUGCCACAAGUACGAAUACAGACUAACGCAGCUGCUACUCUGAAAUCUGUGUGAGUAGUUGUUGUUACAAAGAAUUGCUUUGAGAACAGACUCUGUCUUAGAAUGUACUAACACAAUUAGCAGCUUGCAAGUUUCAUACAUAGAGGGAGAGAAACAGUACCAAAAAACAAAAGACCUCUUAAUUAGUAAUACCCUGGAAUUUAAACUAUGGGGAAUCAAACUCAUUUGUGAUUUUAAUACAGAACUUCUUUAAUAUGAUCCAACAGUAUGAGGUAAUAGGUUUCCUGAAACGAGAACAUGGAAGUUAUAAAACAAGAACUUUUACAUGGAGCUUGCAAUGUCUGUACUUCUUGUGUCCAUACCAACUCUGCCAGGCAUUUUGGGAUGGGAUCUAUAACUAGGGUGACCAGAUAGCAAGUAUGAAAAAACAGAACAGGGGGUGGGGGGUAAUAGGCGCCUAUAUAAGAAAAAGUCCCCAAAAUGGGAAUGUCCCUAUAAAAAUGGGACAUCUGGUCACCCUAUCUAUAACUCAUCUGGGUGGGCUUGUGCAACCUAUAUUGAUUUUUUCCCAGACCAUACAUGAAGCCAAAAGCAUUGCAGCAGCACCAGUUCAGUCAGUUUUAACUUCAUCUUGCAAUGUAGUGCCUCAUAUAUGACAAUUAUCCAGAAGCUCCUGCUCGGAGCAAGAGCACUAGGCAUCUUCACUGGUUCCUUCACUCAGUUAAAUUGUAGACAUAGUUCUAGUGACUGCCCUGAAAAAUCUCCUGAGUGAGAACUGAGCAGACACUGGCUACCGGAAGGCAACAUCCUGAGGCUAAUCUUGCCUUAACACGGUGAGCUAUGUUACUGCAACUGUGAACAGAAUCACUGGAAGAGCUUGGUGUAUACAUCUGUGAUGUGGAUGAGCAGGUACGAUAGAAACAAACAAACUAUGAGGGAAAAAUGAAUGACCCAGUGACUGGAGCCUUGCACUUUUCAGGCCCACAUCUACACUAGAGCUAAAAAGUAUGUCCCUUGAACUUGUCUUCAAACACAGAACUCACCCUAAAGACAUUUUUUUCCUAAAGUAACACGUGGUUUACUUCUGUUCAUGCUGGCCAGUGUAACUGGCUGGAUGGGGUCUUCUGUUGACCCAGCCUAUUGGCAGGUUCUGGGAAUCGGCAAGGAGACGUCUCCUGGUGACUCGGUGGCAGGUUCAGCUGGUCAGGUGGAUAUAAGGGGGUGGAAGGGAGCCCUCUGCUCGCAGGGCUCUAUGGCCCGAGGUUGAGCAGAGCUAAGGGAGAAACCCUAGCAACAGCCAAGCCUGAGGAGGAGGAGCUGCCGCCCCGCAGCGCUCCUGGAGUCUCCCCUGGGGGCGCAGCCGGCCCCUUCCCAACGCCGCGGGGCGGGGCAGGGCUGCUCCUCUUGCAAUCGCCCCCGCGUUCCGCUCCAACACGCCCUCCUCAGGAGCGGUCAGACCACUCCGGGCUCCACGCCUGCAGGCAGGGGGAAAGCGGGAGCUCGGACAUCACCCCUAGAGGGCAGGCCCGCCCCCGCUGCUGCGCCUGCGCCUUCGGGACUGGGAGAGUCGCCGCGACUCCCGCGGCCUGUCAUUGAGCCGCUUCAGGGUCACGUGCUGAGUCGGGGGCCGCUGUUGCGUUGCGCGCGGCGGUGAACAUUUAGCACCACAGAUGAUUAGAUCUUCCUGAUAAAUCAUCCAGAGUAGUAUUUGCCUCAUUGGACCACCAGCCUUUUCUUUCAUAGAAUUUCUGCUUCUAUUCUGCUUCGGUGCUAAGGCUGCUCUUACUGCAAUACCCUUAGCUUUUUGAGAGAAGAUUGAUGACAGCUCUUCCAAGGUUCAAGUUCUCGCACCCCCAUAAUUACUGAAGCAGUUUCAAAGCCUCAAAUAUGGCUGCACUGUCUACAACACCUGCCUACAACACCUAACCUGGGGAAUGAAUUUCCUAAACUUGUGUAUUUCUGGAUUCCAACAAUAGACUGGAAAUUGUUACAAUCCUAUAAUUUCCCAGAAUAAGAAGUGAUUAUGCAGCGAAGACGGAGAGGAGUAGAUGUUGGACUAAUCUUGCUACUUUCUCAAGUAUUUCAAGUUGGGCUUGAAAACAUUCCACCUGUAACACUUGGGACCUUAGCACUGAACGUUUUUCUUUUUUUGAAGCCUCUGAAACCACUGCUGAAAGUCUGUAUCAGUGUAGACCAAAGUUAUUACCAGAAAGACUGGCAACGUUUGCUGCUUGCGCCAGUUCACCAUGCAGAUGAUUGGCAUUUAUAUUUUAACAUGGUCUCCUUGCUUUGGAAGGGGAUAAAGUUGGAACGUAAGCUUGGAAGCAUAUUGUUUGGGUAUAUAAUUGCAGUAUUUUCAGUGCUGAUUGGCAUUGUGUACAUAGUGUUGGAAUAUGCACUUGCAGGACUUCUGAAUGACCCUUCAUACAAAAUGAAUUGUGCCGUAGGCUUUUCAGGAGUAUUAUUUGCUUUGAAAGUCCUUAACAAUCAUCAUCACCCAGGAGGGACCAGCAACAUCAUGGGAAUUCAUGUAUCCAGCAGAUAUGCUUGUUGGCUGGAGCUUGUGGCCAUUCAUUUAUGUUCCCCAGGGACUUCUUUUGCUGGGCAUCUGGCAGGUAUUCUUGUUGGACUGAUGUACACGCUGGGGCCUCUGAAGAUGCUCAUGAAAACAACUGCAGGGUAUUCUAGACACCCAAGUUAUCCAUACAACAUAUCAGGGAACUAUGACAUGUACACUGGUGGGCUUACUGAAGAGCAACAGUUUGAAAGGGCAUUGAGAAACAGUCUUCGUGAUAGAGGUUUUAGUGCAGGAAGUCAUAGCAAUGAGAGGCGACCUUAUGGGUUUUGGUUUCCAUCUGAACAGCUAUCAGAAGAGGAAGUGAGAAGACGAAGACUUAAUAGACUUGAGAGAUGGUGAAAUUGCCAAGGGUCUAAUGAAAAUAUGUAAAGUGCUCUUCAAAGUUGCCAAAAUGUUUGCAGAUCUGUUCAUUUAUACAGUUUCUAUUCUAGUUCAGAACUAUUUACUACUGGCUACAUAAUUUAACAGCAAAACAUGCCAAGGAUUUUGCAAAAUAAGGCUGAAAAUCUAGGCUUAAAAUAAGUGGCCAAGGGUGUGGUCCAAGAGCCAGAAUGUGGUCUGUGGCUGCCCUCCAUUUUGCUGUACUUAAAAUAUGAAAGAAACUGGUCGAUUAAUGAUUGUAACAGGCUGCAACUCACAUCUGACAUUUCUCUACAAAGGCUUUAUUAAUGCCUUGGCUUUUUGUUUGUUGAUGAGCUCAAUCAACAAUUUCUCUUCAUCUAUCAAGGGGAAAAAAGGGAAAAUUCAGAUACUAUAUUAGUGUGUGUCCUUGAUUUUAAAACUAUAUAAAUCCUAUAAAGCCUUGCAAAAUUCUUCUCUUUGCCUGUGACAAGUAAUCUUUUUGGAUUGGUGAGUAAAAUAGUAUUUUUGAAACAUCACAGUGACUGAGCAUAUAUGUAAAUUAGAUACAGCCCUAUAAAUCCUGACAAGUUGCCAGCACAGCCUUUAAAGUUGCAGAAUUUGGUCUCUCUUGUCUCAAAUCAUCCCAUUCUGCCUAGAAUAUGUGUACGGUAAAACUCAUUUGUAACAUUUCACACUAUCUUGAUACUCCCGGUCUAUGGCCAAUACGAUCAUCCUAAUAUUGCAGCCUUAACUCUGAAAGUUCUUCCUUUUGUCGGGUUAUUGUACUUUUAUAUUUAUAUAUAUAUUUUUGUUUCUGGGGGAGGGGAAAGAUUGUUUAAACAAUCAAAACUGAAACAUUUUCAAGGCAAGAGACUAAGUUGGAAUCCAAGAAGUUACUGUGUGUUGUUGACUUGCCUAUUUCCCUUUUAAAGAAUACUUUGUAGACUAUAGGAACUCCAUCAUGCAAAUCUUUUUUCAUACAACUUUUAAAAUCAGACUCUUUCUCUUGAUGGUCUACACUGGCUUAUCUGGAGCUUGGGUAUAGCUCAUAAGAAAAUGAGCUGUUCUAGGGAGAAGGAAGUAUACUGCCUAAAUAUUGGUGGCUGGAGGCAUACUGCCUCCUCGGAAUUGUGGAAAGCACACUAGGCAGCAGGACUUGAUGCAUUUUGGAAAAGAUGUAGCCAGAAUUGUUCUAGAGCAGUGGGUCAUGAGAGCACCAUCGCCCCGCUGCCACUUUCCUGAGACCUGCAGCCUAUGGGACUACUGGAGCCUGCUGGCAGCAUUAGCUGCCCCUCCUCCUCUCCAGUACAGCUAAUCAUAUAUUGGCUGUUGUACCUGGGACCCACUCGGAACAAAAGUUUGUGUGCUCUGUUCUUACACUAGCACACCUGUGCCAGGUCAUUCAUAACUUGAUCUUUGCUGUGUACUGUAGAGAGCUGUCUUUCAGUUAAGUUUGCAAGUAGAAAAAC